UUGUGCCUUUAUCACCAUUUAAAAGAGAAGAGAAAAAAAAAAAAAAGAAUCCUAUGUAAAGAAGGAAUAGAAAAACUCUCCGAUCAUGAUGGGAAACAUUCAAAUCCUUCUUACUCUUAUGGUGGUGAUGUUGCUGUGCAACUUUAUGAUGAUCUUGUCUAUGAAAUCAACAACCAACCUUAGUACAGAUCAGUUGGCUCUUCUUGCACUAAAAGAGCAUGUCAUUACUGACCCUCAAAACCUCCUGGCAACCAACUGGUCUACUUCGGCCUCUGUUUGUGGUUGGGUUGGCGUGACUUGCGGAUCUCGACACCGCAGGGUCACUGCUUUAAAUCUCUUUGGCAUGAAUCUCUUCGGUACCAUACCACCGCAUGUCGGAAAUCUGUCUUUCCUUGCUAGACUCAACAUUGGAAACAAUAGUUUUCGUGGCUCAUUACCCAUCGAGUUGGCUAAUUUGCGUCGGUUGAAAUCUGUAAGGAUGUCUGACAACAAUUUCGAUGGGGAAAUCCCAGCAUGGUUCAGUUCCUUCACUCAACUUCAAGACUUAGUUAUGUAUGGUAACAACUUUACAGGUGUUAUCCCAUCUUCUUUGUGCUCUUUAUCAAAGCUAGAGAAUCUGCUCUUGGCUGAGAAUAACCUAGAAGGUCAAAUUCCUGAAGCAAUUGGAAAUCUUUCUAGUUUGAUAGCGUUACAUUUAGAUUAUAAUCAGCUUUCAGGCUCCAUACCUUCCUCAAUCUUCAACAUAUCUUCAUUAGUAGAAAUUCGUCUCGCCAACAACCGGUUCUUUGGCUUCAUACCCUCCAUCCCACAACUCAAGAUAUCUUCCCUGCAAAGCAUUGAUUUAACAUUUAAUAAUCUCACUGGUCUUCCAUUGGAUAUGUUUGAUCGUCUACCAAAAUUACGAAACCUUUAUUUGAGUUACAAUCAGCUUUCUGGAGGAAUUCCAAUGAGCUUAUUCAAGCUGAAAGAGUUGGAAGAUUUAUCUUUAUCAUUUAAUAGAUUGAAGGGGAAAAUACCUAAAGAAAUCGGAAAUUUGACUAUGCUUAAGCGACUUUAUCUCGGUUUCAACAACUUUGAAGGUGAAAUUCCUCAACAAAUUGGCAAUCUUUUAAAUUUGGAGGAGAUAAGCCUAACUAAUUGCAAGCUAAUAGGGCAUGUUCCUCCUAUUAUUGGAAACCUAACACUUCUAAAAUUGCUCGAUUUUUCCAGCAAUAACUUGACAGGUGAAAUUCCGCAACAGGUCGGUAAUCUUCUAAAUUUAGAAGAAUUUAACCUUAAAAAAAGUGAUCUAUCAGGGCCUAUUCCUCGGACUAUCAGUAACCUAACAGUUCUACAAUUCUUCGAUUUUUCCUAUAACCGCUUGACUGGCGAAUUACCAAUUGAGAUUGGCGACAUGCCAAGUUUGGAUGGCGUGUAUUUGUCAUCUAACAGUAUCUCCGGUGUCAUCCCUCCUCGAAUAUUUAAUAGUUCGAUUAUGUGGGAACUUUCACUAUCUUCAAACCGGUUCGUAGGCAGUCUUCCACCAAGCAUUUGGCUUCCGCAACUUGAAACGCUGCUUCUUGGAGGAAAUAAGUUAAUUGGUUCAUUUCCUUCUUCCAUCUUGAAUUGCUCUCUGCUCGUUUCCGUUGACCUAUCUGGAAACUCAUUUUCAGGAUACAUUCCUCUUAACCUUGGCAACCUAAGGCAUCUGCAAUGGCUCACCAUAGGGGACAAUAAUUUCACUAGCGAACCAUCAUCCUCCGGAAUGAGCUUUUUAUCAUCACUGGCAAAUUGCAAAAACUUGACAUUCUUGGCAAUUGAGAAUAAUCCAUUGAUCAGUGGUAACCUUCUGGUUUCACUAGGAAAUCUCUCUGUUUCGCUUCAAAGUUUCAGUGCUUAUAGCUGCAACAUUCGAGGCAGCAUUCCAGUUGAAAUUGGCAACCUUAGAAACUUGAUAAGAUUGAACCUAGAUAACAAUGAGCUGAUUGGACCUAUUCCCACCACAAUUGGAAGAUUAAGAAAGUUGCAGAGCCUCUCAUUUCAAGACAAUAAGUUAGAAGGAUCCAUCCCAUCAGAGCUAUGCGAUUUGAACAGUUUGAGUUUCUUGUAUCUCACAGGUAACAAAUUUGCUGGGCCAUUACCAGUAUGCUUGGGUGAUCUCGUUUCUCUUAGACAUUUAUUUUUGGGCUUCAAUAUGUUUGUUAACUCAAUACCCUCAACAUUGACAAGGCUUAUAGAUUUGUUGCAACUAAACUUGGCUUCCAAUUUUCUCACCGGAGCUCUCCCAACUGACGUUGGAAAGUGGAAGGUUAUUAAUGAUAUUGAUUUUUCAAGAAAUCAAUUAUCAGGUGAAAUCCCAAGCACAAUUGGUGAUCUCAAAGACCUAAUUUCUCUCUCAUUAUCCGGUAAUAAGCUGCAAGGGUCUAUUCCUGAGUCUUUUGGUGGAUUGAUAGGACUGCAGUUCUUGGAUCUGUCAAAGAAUAACUUCUCUGGAACUAUUCCUAAGUCCUUGGGGAAACUUUCGUAUCUCAAUAUUUUAACGUCUCUUUCAAUAAAUUGCAAGGAGAAAUUCCAAUCGAAGGACCCUUUGCCAACUUCUCCAUUCUAUCGUUUAUGGGGAAUGAAGGACUAUGUGGUGCACCUCAAUUGCAACUCCCACCAUGCAAAACUAAUUCUCCUAGACGUUCUAAGAACGCUAUUAAGCUUGUAAAAUAUAUUGCAUUGCCAAUUGGCUCAACAUUGCUAGUGGUAGCCCUGAUUGUCAUCUUUUUG